AAUCCAGUCCAACUAGUCGCUACAUGGACACUGAUCGCUACAUGGACACUGAUAAAUCAAUAUGCUAAUCUACGUCUUUUAUGUGCUUAGUGUAGCGGUAUUUGGAUUAUCCUCAGCCGCAGAAACUACUGUUCCAGUAGUCACCUGCAAGCGAGGUUCCGUUAAUUAUUUCGCCUGUUUAAAACAUGCUGUAGAAGAAGUAUGGCCACAACUUUCUGAAAAAGGACUUUCAGAAUUUGACUUUCCAGCUUUGGAUCCUUUACUUUAUGAAUACGGUAAAGCUGUAUUUAAUACAGACAUCAUACAUGCAGAAGUUAUUAUAUCAAAUCUUACUAUUAUUGGUAUAUCAAAGACUCAUUUUAAUGGUGUCAGAGCGCACUUUCUUGACGACGUUUUCCGUUUAGAAAUCGACACAGUAAUACCGAAAAUAUUUUUAAAAGGUACUGCAAAACUGGAUGGUACUCUAGGUAUACUCAGAAUUGUUGAUAAAGGUCCCUUUAAUUUAAAUAUUGAUGAAGUUAUAACAACAUGGGAUAUAACUGGACAUAUAAUAAAUGACACAAUGAUUGUGGAACAUUUUCGUAUGCUUCCAUCAGUUAAAAAACUUGAAAUAUAUUUUGAGUUUUUCCAAGGCAAUAAAGAGAUUAAUGAUGUUGCUGUAAAUUUUGUAAAUGAAUUUUGGCCGCCAUUAUAUCGAGCGAUGUUGCCUCUUACGUCCGAGGCAUGGGAUUCAUGGUUGUCUGCUCUUUGCAAUAGAUUGUUCUCAAAAAUGUCUUUCUCAAAAUUAUUUCCAAAAUAAAAUUUAUAUGUUUAUUACAAAUUAAGAAAUAUCAACAAGUACUGGUAACAAAAAAAUUAUAUAAUUAAAAAAGCAAAUUUAAUUAUAUAUAAUAUAUGGUAACUGUUCCAAUGACUGCUGCUUUAAGCACAUAAUGACAAUUGAUAUGCUUAUUUUGAAGCUUUUUAA